UUAACAAAUAGGAGCCAGGUACCUAUAUAUUAAGUAUUUUGAUUCAAAGAGAAUAUAAUGGCAAUGGAUUCGUCAUCUAUAGUAAGUUUUAAUAAUGAUUCAACUUACCAAACAACAAUAAAAGCAGAUUAUAGUAAUGUCCAUGAAUUGGCACUUCAUGCUAUGAGAGAUCGAUGUCUACUACUUCAACGAAGAAUAAACACCCUGGAAACAGACAACAUGCGGUUGAAGUUGGAUAUUACCAAAGCAACAGAAAAAUCGGAUUAUACACCUAAUCUACAAGAUGAUGACAAAGUAUCUCUGCAUCAAAAGAUAGCUGAGCUUAACAAACAGAAAUCGCAACUGCUCCACCACGUCUUUAUGGUUUCGUGUGAAAACAAGAACCUGUGGAAUAAGCUCUCCAGCUUAAGGGGUUCGGAAAAGUCAGUGCGAGAUCGUCCAAAACAACCUCUGGUACGCACUAACACAUACAUACACAGUACUCCUAAAUACAAUACUCAAAAUCAAGAAAAAUACUCAGACUCAAGUUUAGAAGAAAUAUCUUUGAAAUUAAUAAACAGUUAUAUACAGGAAAAAUCGCAGCUUGUGGAACAAUAUGAACAAAUGACACAAUUACAAGACAUGGAUGAUGAUAUUUUAAACAUGGAUUCAAUAGGAUUUACAUAUAUGGAAGAUCCAGCUACUGAUUCACUCAAAGAAAUUCAUAGUCAAACAGAAAAGUUACAGUGUCUCAAGAAAGAUUUAGCCAAACAAGAAAAAGAUUUAAAAACUCUGAUAUCAAGAAUAGAAAUAAUAAUGAAAGAAGGCUACAAAUGUCCAUCAUGCUUGGCAAGUAAAUCAAAAAGUGUCAUAUGUGAAAACAAGGAAACAGAAACCAGUCAUAGCCUUCUGGGAAGGCAGCAAAUGGAUUCUAGCAGUAAUGACUUUGAGGAUAAUAAUACUACAGCAAAUAUGAAUUCAGGGAAUUAUCAAGAUGGUGAUGAAAAUUGUGAACCAUUCGAUAAGGUGUGUCCAAUAUGUGGAGAGAAGUACCAAAAAGAUACUGCAUUUGCUGACUUCCAGACACAUGUAGAAAACCAUUUUGUUGGUGAAAAUGAAGUAGAUUCUAUGGAAAACUUCGGUACAGUUCCAAAUUCAUUGGAUAUUGUGAUGUGAAGUAAAAAAAUUAACUAUAAUUUUGUGAUAUACUUAUUUAUUUUAGUUUAAGUAAGUAAUAAUUAUUUAUUUGUGAUAGGUCUGUUCUUAACAUAAUUUUUAAUUUAAAUUCAGUUGC